UACCUGACUUAAUAUCCUAUCAUCUCUUCACAGGCUAUCACUCGCCUCCUUCCAGACUUCGAUGUUCAGGAGCAAGAUGUGGAGACCAUGCAUGGCAUGGUCCAUGUCACCAUGUGUGGGACACCCAGAGGGAACAGACCUGCUAUCCUCACGUACCACGACAUUGGGUUGAAUCACAAAACUUGCUUCAAUCCUCUCUUCAACUUUGAGGAUAUGCAGGAGAUCACCCAGCACUUUGCAGUUUGCCACGUGGAUGCACCUGGUCAGCAGGAUGGGGCACCAUCUUUCCAAGCUGGGUACAUAUAUCCUUCCAUGGAUCAGCUGGCUGAAAUGCUUCCUGGAAUCUUGAAACAGUUUGGGUGAGCAGGAUUUUUGACUUAUUUUCCUCAUUUAU